AGGAAGGAAGAGAGGGCGGAUGGGGCGGUACCGCGGCCGAGAGGUUCCGCCCGCCCUCCCGGGACCGUCCCGGGACCGUUCGGGUCGGGCACGAAGCCUCCGAGCGGCAGCCCCGGAGCUCGGCUCGGGGGACCGGCCCUAAGCGCACACGUCGGAACAAAGACCCCCGCGCCCCCACCGUGUUCCCGGCCCGGUGCCGUCUCCUUCCUGCCCUGCUCUCCCUCCUCACCCCGGGGCGGGCUAAGCCCCGCUCGCCCCGGUACCGGGAACCGACGGAACGCUCCCGCCGCUGCCGCCCGGGCCGUGCGUGCGGAUCUGCGGGGCGGGGGGGCUGCCGAGCCCUGUCCGUCCCGUCCCGUCCCUCUUGCCGCCUCCCGGUACCGGGUGGGGGCGGCGGGAGCCCCCCGGAAGCCCCCGUUUCUCCUCGGCUGUGCUCACCGGGGCCCGUCGGUGAGGCGUGGGGCCGGCCCCGUUACACCGGGGCGGAGGGAGGGACGGAGCGGGGCACCGGGACGCGGCGCGGCGCUCGGUGCCCGGGCGGGGGAGCCCCUGUCCCGCUGCAGCCAGCCCGGCCGCCCCGCCCCGGCGCCCCGGAGCGCAGGGACCGGCCCUCCCGGGGCGGCGCCGCGCAGCAGCGGCGGCCGAGCGCCAUGGAGGGCGGCGGAGGCGCCUACGGGGCGGCCAAGGCCGGCGGUGCCUUCGACCUGGUCCGCUUCGUGCAGCAGCCGCAGGUGCUGGCGCGGAUCGUCAGCGCGGUGUUCGCCCUGAUCGUGUUCGCCUGCCUGGUCGGGGAUGGCUACAUGAGCCGGCCCGAGGACCCCCAGCUCUACUGCAUCUUCAACCACAACGGGGACGCCUGUCGCUACGGCAUCGGCAUCGGCGUCCUCGCCUUCCUCGCCUGCAUCUUCUUCUUCAUGGUGGACGUCUACUUCCCGCAGAUCAGCAACACUACGGACCGCAAGUACCUGGUGCUGGCCGACCUCGGCUUCUCAGGUCUCUGGACCUUCCUGUGGUUCAUCGGCUUCUGUUUCUUGACCAACCAGUGGUCCUGGACGCGGGCUGAGGACGUGUACAUCGGAGCGGACUCUGCCCGCGCUGCCAUCACCUUCAGCUUCUUCUCCAUCUUCUCCUGGGCACUCCUGCUCACCUUCGCUUACAAGAGGUACAAAAUGGGGGUGGAGGACUUUGCUCAAAGCUAUGCCGACCCCAGCCCGGGGGUCCCGACUCCCUACUCCAGCUAUCCCAACAUCAGCCAUGAGAGCUACCAGCAGCCACCCUUCACGCACACGGCGGAGGCCCCGGAGGGCUACCAGCCCCCGCCGGUGUACUGAGCCCUGGCUGGCACCCGCGGGACGGCUGAACCUGUGCAAUUCCUUCCGCGGGGUGGGAGGGAGGGAUCUGUCACUUGCAGGGGACAGUGGGGCGGGAGGGCGAUGGCUGCUUUGUUUGAAGGUGACUGGGCCUUUUCAUGGGGUGCAGGAGGGGCUUCUGCCUGGUCCCAGAGCUGAGAUCCUCACUGGAGGGUCCGGAGCGCAGUGUGGUCUGGUGGGUGAAUUGGCACACGAUGGUUGCAGCUGCCGGGUGAGCAGUGCAGCGAUGGUUGCAGCUGCUGCGUGAGCAGUGCAGCGAUGGUUGCAGCUGCCGGGUGAGCAGUGCAGCUGCAGGUUGGGUGUGCGGGCAGCCCUGGCACGUUCAAGCCUCUGCUUUUGCUGUGGUGCCUCGGCGGUGGGCUGCGCUUCACGGCCCUGGCCAGGCUCUGCCCCUGUGACUGCUGCCCUGGCCCCUCCUGUCUCCAGUGCCUCCCAGCCCUGCUGGCUGCGUUCCCCCAAGUGCCAUCUCUCGCUGCUGUAGCACAGCCAGGCCCAGCUCCUGCUGUGCUGCCUUCCCGUCCUUCCCCAGCGGCUGCUUCUGGGCCAGCUCUUGCCAAAGCCCCUCUCCUCCUCUCUGAUGCCGUGCUGUGCCUUCCCCCAGCCUGCACUAGAGCCGCUGGUGCUUGGGUGAUGCGCUUUGGGGUCUGUGGGAGCAGCGAGCACUGAGAUCCCUCAGCAGGGCCGUGCCUGAGGACAUCCUGGAGCACUGUUUCCCUUGUGUGCCUGCUGCGAGGCUGAGCUCCUGCACCCUGCCCGCGGCUCCUGCCUGCACUCCAGCCACACCAGGAGCCCGUGGGCCUUGUCUCAGGUUGUGUUUGCUGCUGUGCCGUGGUAAAGCUGCUCCCAGCAGCCAUGUGGGCCAUCGCUGCUGGGGCCAGCGUUCAAGUAGUUGUCACUGUAGGGUUGGAAUAAACUUUUUCACCAAACCA